AUUUUUUAUAUAGAGUAAAUGGAAUACCACAAAAAAAAGUUGUUAAAAAUGUGUAGAACAUGUGGUCAAAUAAUCAAAAAAUGUGCUGGAUAUGUUGAACCAAAAUCUGUUCAUUUUUACAAGGAACAACUUUUAAAACUAUACAAUAUUUUAGUGGAUAAUGACCACACUGAUAUUCAUCCAAUAUAUUUGUGUCACAGUUGUCAUAUUAUAGUAACUGCUGAUAAUUCAGUCCUUAAACAAAUAAAUGUAGCUUAUGAUAAAAAAUGGAAUCUGAAAAUAAAUGGAAAAUUUGUUUCAAAAUCUCAUUGCAGUCUUCUAAACAAUCUUCCCAAGCUUUUGAUAGUAGAAACUUCUAAUCUAAUCUUCAGCCUCAUAACUCAAUCCAAUGUCUGCAAUGCAAACUGUGAAUAUAAAGAUUUGGUAAAAAAUUAAUGACCUUUCUUCUUUCGUUUCUGAAAAAAACUUUAAAAUAGAGACUCCAUAUAUGGAAUCAGUUACUGAUUGCACAGUUUUUAGGCACAAGUUGUGUCCUAUUUUAAUUCCAUUAACUAUAUCAAAAUGUGAGUUUUGUUUGGAAUUAAGAAAAUAUUUAAAUUUAAAACAAUUUUGUCUAAAAGAAAAGCAGAACAAAAUUGCUUUGGAUAGUGGAAAUAAUUCAAUGUUUUCAAAUAAGAAAAACGACCGAUAUAUGUCCAAAGAAGAACUACUGUUUAAAAUAAAGAUCUUGGAAAAUGAUAAAAAAAAAAUAGCGACUAAAUCUUUGCACCUCCAGUGUAGAAUUAAUCAACUGAUAAAAAAAGAAGGACUAAUUGUUGAUGGCAAGACACACAAAGUUAUGAAAGAAUGCUUGAUAGACAAAAAUUACAACCCUUUCAGUGAAAGUUCCCCCCAAUAUUUAUUGUGGGAACAACAAAAGAUUCAGGUUUCACGUAAAGAUAAGAGGUCUAUGAAAUGGCACCCAGUUCUUAUUAGAUGGUGUUUGAGCAUUUACCUAAAAAGUCCUGAGACAUACAAACAUUUAACUAAGUCUGAGUUUAUGUACCUUCCAUGUAAAAACACUCUUUUAAAAUACAUAAAUUUUACAGAUCCAGGAUGUGGCUUUAAUGCAGAUGUUAUCUCACGAUUAAUUUUGAAUGCUGAUAUUAAAAAUUUAAAAGAACAUGAAAAAAAUGUUUCUUUAGUAUUUGACGAGAUGAAAAUCAAGAGUGGUCUUGUAUUCAGUAAAACAACUGGUAAAAUAGUUGGUCUGACCGAAAUGGGAUCAUUGAAUGAUGCUCUUGAUGAGUUUAAAAACAAAAUUGAAGGAAAUAAAAGCAUAAAUAGUCCAACUUUGGCAAAGUAUGUUAUUGUGUUUAUGGUUAGACGAAUAUUUUCAUCUCUAUGCUAUCCAUUUGGACAUUUUGCGUCUAGUGGAUUUAAUAGUGAUCAAAUUUUUAAUUGCGCUUGGGAAGCAACCUGCAUUCUUGAAUGUAUUGGGUUUAAAGUUCGCUCUAUGGUAGCAGAGGGUGCUUCGCCAAAUCGUAAGUUCUUUCGAAUUCAUCUUGCUGAGAAUUAUGAAAAUGUCAAGGAUACUACUGUGCAUUGGACAUGGAAUAUUUGGUGUUCAACUCGCAAACUUUACUUUUUUUGUGAUGUUCCUCAUUUGAUAAAAACUACUCGCAAUAAUUUGGAGAACUCUCAUUGGAACCAAAAUUCUAGAAAUCUAAUGACCCUCAUUAAGGUGGUUCUAGAAACACCUUUUUUUAAAAUAGGUGUCCUCCAACCCCUAAUUGUGUUCUUUAUAAUAAAAUAACACUGGAUUUAAGUUUUUUUUUUAAAGAAAAAAUAUAAGGGACCCUUAAACAUCAGACCCUUAAACAUCAGACUGGUCCUUAAUAUUAUGGAGAAAAAAAUCAACCUGGUAUGUCCUCAAAAGAAUCGAAAUUUAAUAAAAAUUUCAAAAACAACAUUCAUUUCUUAU